AUUUAAAAAUAUUAAUUUUUUAUCAGCAUAUUGCGAAAUGGAUCCAGUUUCUUCUGAUUUAAAUGUCCAGUUGAUUCCAUUAUCACAAAGUGACAAAUGGUUAAUUUCUGCUCGUAUACUCGAUAUGAUUACACUAACAACUACAGAUACGGGUCUUACAUUUUUUAAAUUUCGAAAAAGGGCUUUAUCCUUUGAAGAAUAUUUAACAUAUUUAAAAGAUUUAGCAGAAUCUAAAAAUCUAGAUUUUGAGGAAAUGAAAUAUAAGAUGCAAAUAUGCGGGAAACCUAGAAAAAACUAAUUAAUUAUAUGUUUGCAAAUAUGAAUUUUAUUUUUUAAUAAUAAUUUACAAUGUUGAAACUUCCACUUAUCUAAUUUUAUUUAAAUAUUAAACUGAAUUG